GCUGCUGAGGGCUGAGGGCGGUGGCAGCGCUGGCGCUGGGGACUGGCUUGGUGGCUUCGGGAAACUGCUCGGCGACGGCGGCCGUUCGCGUCCCUCCGCAUCCCGCCCUCAGCACGGCUCGCAGCCCCUUCGCCACUGGCGUCCGGCAAUGUGUCCCACCGGCAGGGCGUAGCAGCUGCGCGUGCGCGGAACCGCGGGGCCAUGAGCGAAGCCGGCGGCGGCCGGGGCUCUGGGUCCUCGGUCCCCCAGCGAGCGCCAUGGAGCCUGGUGGCGGCGACGGCCGCGCUGUGCCUGGUGUCGGCCACGUCCGUGUGGACGGCGGGGGCCGCGCCCAUGAGUCGCGAGGAGAAGCAGAAGCUUGGGAAUCAAGUACUGGAAAUGUUUGAUCAUGCUUAUGGUAACUAUAUGGAACAUGCUUACCCAGCAGAUGAACUCAUGCCUUUGACCUGCAGAGGUCGGGUUAGAGGCCAGGAGCCAAGUCGGGGUGAUGUUGAUGAUGCCUUGGGAAAAUUUUCCCUGACACUGAUUGAUUCUUUGGAUACUCUUGUGGUAUUAAAUAAAACUAAAGAAUUUGAAGAUGCAGUGAGAAAAGUUUUAAGAGAUGUUAACUUAGAUAAUGAUGUAGUUGUAUCAGUCUUUGAAACAAACAUCAGAGUUCUUGGGGGUCUUUUGGGUGGACACUCACUGGCAAUCAUGCUGAAAGAAAAAGGCGAGUACAUGCAGUGGUACAAUGAUGAGCUUCUCCAAAUGGCAAAGCAAUUGGGCUACAAACUUUUACCAGCUUUCAAUACUACCAGUGGCCUUCCUUAUCCAAGAAUCAAUUUGAAGUUUGGUAUCAGAAAACCAGAAGCUCGGACAGGUACUGAGACUGAUACCUGUACAGCCUGUGCAGGCACCUUGAUCCUUGAGUUUGCUGCUCUGAGUCGAUUCACAGGAGCGACGAUAUUUGAGGAAUAUGCAAGAAAAGCUCUUGAUUUUCUCUGGGAGAAAAGACAGAGAAGUAGUAAUUUAGUGGGUGUGACUAUAAAUAUUCAUACUGGAGACUGGGUACGAAAAGAUAGUGGAGUUGGAGCAGGGAUUGAUUCAUAUUAUGAGUACCUAUUGAAAGCCUAUGUCUUGCUUGGAGAUGACAGCUUUCUGGAAAGAUUUAAUACACACUAUGAUGCCAUCAUGAGGUAUAUAAGCCAGCCACCUCUUCUACUUGAUGUGCAUAUCCACAAGCCAAUGCUGAAUGCUCGGACUUGGAUGGAUGCUUUGCUUGCCUUUUUUCCAGGUUUGCAGGUCUUAAAGGGAGAUAUUAGACCUGCUAUUGAAACUCAUGAAAUGUUAUAUCAGGUGAUUAAAAAACACAAUUUUCUACCAGAGGCAUUUACCACAGAUUUCAGGGUACAUUGGGCUCAACAUCCGUUAAGGCCAGAAUUUGCAGAAAGUACCUACUUCUUGUAUAAAGCUACAGGCGAUCCUUACUACCUUGAAGUAGGGAAAACACUUAUUGAAAAUUUAAAUAAAUAUGCUAGAGUGCCUUGCGGAUUUGCUGCCAUGAAGGAUGUUCGUACUGGAAGUCAUGAAGACAGAAUGGAUUCCUUCUUCUUGGCGGAAAUGUUUAAAUAUCUUUACCUGUUAUUUGCGGAUAAAGAAGACAUUAUUUUUGACAUAGAAGAUUACAUUUUUACAACAGAAGCUCAUCUGUUACCUCUUUGGCUCUCUACUACAAAUCAAAGAGUCUCUAAGAAGAACACAACUUCAGAAUAUACAGAACUGGAUGACAGUAAUUUUGACUGGACUUGUCCAAACACUCAGAUCCUCUUCCCUAAUGAUCCACUAUAUGCUCAGAGCAUCCGUGAACCCUUGAAAAAUGUGGUGGACAAGAGCUGUCCUAGAGGCAUCAUCAGAGUCAGAGAGGAGAGUUUGAGGAGUGGAGCUAAACCCCCACUGAGAGCCAGAGAUUUCAUGGCCACUAACCCUGAGCAUUUAGAAAUCUUGAAGAAGAUGGGGGUGAGUUUGAUUCACCUCAAAGAUGGGAGAGUCCAGUUGGUUCAACAUGCAAUCCAAGCUGCUAGUUCGAUUGACGCAGAAGAUGGGUUGAGGUUUAUGCAGGAGAUGAUUGAAUUGUCAAGUCAGCAACAAAAAGAACAGCAGCUCCCUCCACGAGCUGUACAAAUUGUUUCCCACCCAUUUUUUGGCCGGGUAGUAUUAACUGCUGGUCCAGCACAGUUUGGGCCAGACCUGUCUAAACAUAAAGAGACAAGAGGAUUUGUUGCAAGCAGUAAACCAUACAAUGGUUGUUCAGAACUUACUAACCCUGAAGCAGUGAUGGGAAAAAUUGCUUUGAUACAAAGAGGGCAGUGCAUGUUUGCAGAAAAGGCACGCAACAUACAGAAUGCUGGAGCCAUUGGUGGCAUUGUUAUUGAUGACAAUGAGGGGAGCAGCAGUGAUACUGCCCCUCUGUUCCAGAUGGCGGGGGACGGGAAGGACACAGAUGACAUUAAGAUCCCCAUGCUGUUUUUAUUCAGCAAAGAAGGAAGUAUCAUACUGGAUGCCAUCCGGGAGUAUGAGGAGGUAGAAGUGCUCCUUUCUGACAAAGCAAAAGAUCGAGAUUCUGAGAUGGAAAAUGAAGAACAACCAUCCUCUGAAAAUGACUCUCAGAGUGCUGAACAGAUUGCAUCAAGGUCUCAGGAGAUUGAUCUGGUUGAUCAAGAGUCCCCUGAGGAAAGUUCUGUGAACUCUCACCCAGAAGCUUUAUCUCCAGUAGAUACAGACAGUGCUGCAAGCGUUUCUUCUUCUGAACAGGAUUCUAACCCCAUGGAAAACCUCGAGACUACAAGUCUUGAUGGUGAAUGUACAGAUUUAGAUAACCAACUUCAAGAACAGCCAGAAACUGAGGACGAUUCCAAUCCUAAUGUUAGCUGGGGCAAAAAGGCCCAGCCUAUAGACUCCAUAUUAGCAGACUGGAAUGAAGACAUAGAAGCAUUUGAAAUGAUGGAUAAGGAUGAGCUCUGACUCACAAAAGUCUACCUGGUGGUAGGUAUUUCAAAAGAAAAGGUAAACUGUGGUUAAUAGACACCCUGAUACUAAGCAGGCUCUCUUCAUGGGAGGCUUUAAGUAUGGUGAUGAGCAACCACGUUCUGACUGGGAGAGUUAGUUUUCAUAGGAAUCUGGAACAUGCUGUGUUAGAACUGACCUUGUUUAAAACUGUCCCAUCAAAAAUGCAAACUCACAGUUCUCCCCCACGCCCCAGGUGACAGGAUUGUACCAUCCUGCUGCAUACCUUGGGCCAGGAAAAGAUUACUGGGCAUUCCUUGGAACCAGAUUUCUGCAGUCUCUGGAUAGUAGCUAAGAAACAUAUCCAGUUAACUAUGAGGUGGGGAAUACAGAUUUGUACAGCUUUCUAAUUAAAGGAAGCUCUCUGUUUUCUUGGUUUGUGGGUUAGAGGUUCUUUGGGGAAAACGCAUAGGAGUUUUGUGGGCAUUCUGGUUAUGCUGCCUUCACAGAAACAAAGUGACCUAAAUGGUUGUGAAGCAAAUGCAUUCAUGGUGAAAACAGUCUUUGCUCAUCAUUUUCACUCGCUUCAUUGUGUAACAUGAUCAAGAUGACUUGAUUUUUUUCCCUCUUAUCGGUGUCCUUUUCAUUUAAACCAAAGGUGAAGCCAGUGUACUUUCUCAGUGAGUUCUUUGCAUAAAGACUGAUCAUUGGGACCAGGUAGAAAGGUCAUAUAAUGUGGGAAUUGGUUACUUAAUACUCUUGAAAAAUGGAGCAAGGGAGAAACUGUAAUGUUGCAAUAUGAACUUGCCAUUGGGCCUUCCAUAGGGAAAGCUGUGACUACUCUGAAAUGGAACUUAAGGUUAUAUCUUUGUAGGGUAAAUUAUAAAUCUUUUCCAGUUCAUUUCUUUGGAGGUGAUUACCUCUAGCCAUCAGCCUUACUCCAUCCCAUGUGUAGUAUGCAUUUUGAGCCACAAGACCUGUGUUGCCAAUAGCUGAAGACAUUUUGUUCCAUUUUUCUGUCUUAGCCAUGAUAAAACUGUGGUAGUGAUCUAAAAAUUCUGGAGUAACUACUAUUUUUUCCUCCUUUGAAACUAUAGUUGCUAAAGUUGCACCUAAGGAAUCUGUCACAUUUUCUGUUGAUCAUGGUUUUUAAGUUUUGUUCUGUUUUAAUGAGUAUUCCUUCCAAUAUGGACUUGAAAAUUAGUCUAUGGUAACCUGUGUAAAAAACACAGUAGCAACUAACAUAUAGCCAUAUAGCUUAAUGGAACCUUUUCCCCUAUUUUUAAUUUUUUUUUUUUGGGUGUGUGUGUUUGUGUGUGUGUGUGUGUGGCAGUCUGGUGCUGGCCACAUUUAAGUUUUUAGAACUUUUUUGUUAAUAUCUGUAGACAGCCCUGUAAUUGAAAUCAUGGCUUUACUCUAUUUAUUUUUUAAACAUAGGUGAAUCAGUUCUAAAGGAAUAUUUGAGACUUUUCUUUUUCUUUACCGUGUCAUUAUAUAAUAACUUCUUUUUUCUUAAAACACAGUUGUGGAGGUACUGAUGAACUUAAACUGUAUAUGGAGCUGUUAAAAGAGCAGCAGUGCUGUAUUGUAGUUAUGUAUAUUCAUGUACAGUAUGUCUUAGCUCCCAGGUAAACAUAUUCUUUUAUAAGGGGAUAAAUAGCUGCUUUCAAAAAUUCCAGCUGAAGUUAAUUGGGUCAGUGAGUAAUAAAUCUAAUAGAGAAUUCAUUUUGAGGCGGGGGGGAAAGAGUAGUAUACAAGACUUUUUUUGGCCCUUAAUUAAACCUGACACCAAAAUGGAAAUUUUUAGUCUCUCUGCAUGUGAAAUUUGGUGUAAGAAGAUAGAACUAUAAUACAUAGAGUAUAUGGAAGGAUAGACAUAGUGCUUUGUUCAUUUUGAUUGCAAAGCUGCCAAAAUAGCUGAAGCGUAAUUACUUGACUUGCCUUGAUUUAUAGGACUGGGGCUUGGAGAAAAGGAGCAGAUGUUCCUUUAAGACUUGGAUUACAGAAGCCUUAUAUACAUUGAUUUGGUUUUCUUUUUGUAGUUCAAAGCCAUUGUUGUCUAAAUCUAGCUUUUCUAAUUUAUCAAAACAACAUAAUUUUAUUUCCAGCAGAGAUCUUGUGGCGUACACAGAAAAGCCAGCUUACUGCCACUUACCCUUUCUUUGGCCAUUAGGGGGAGUUGUUGCCAUUCAUUGAGGUCUAGAAGCAACUUGUUGGAGAAGGAAAUGGCAACCCACUCCAGUAUUCUUGCCUGGAGAAUCCCAUGGACAGAGGAGCCUGGCAGGCUACAGUCCAUGGGGUCACAAGAGUCGGACACAACUUAGUGACUAAACCAUCAGCUUGUCUAGAAAAAUGCAUACUUAAAAAAAAAAAUUAACUAUAAAAUUAACAAACUAUAAAAAUUAAUAGCAGAAGGAAUUAUACUUGAUUUUUCCCUAGCUAAGAAAAGAAGGAAUAAUGUUCAGCUUCAAAACUCCAACAUUGUCACUGACUCUCCAUUCUUAACUGACAUACUGCCACAAAGUUGUUUUUGAGUUCAUGAAAAGUUUCAACAGCAUUAGGCAUUUUUUAAAAUGUUUUGUUUUUUAAGUACCUUUUAUAGCAUUUUAUUUACUUCCUAAAGAUUCAGGGGUUUCUGUGUGACCCUGAAUUUUAGAAACAUCUGGUCUACCUCAGUUAGCUGUUGGCUGCAUAGAGAUAGAGCUGAAGUGAUCACCACAGCCAUAAAAUUGAUUGACUAAGAAGGAUUUAUACAAUGUUUACAAACCUGGAAUCAAGUAUGGAUUUUAUCUGAAAGUUAAAAGUUAGAUAUUAAAGAAAGUAUUUAAUUCAGGUAUUUUCAAGUUUUAAAACUUCACUUGUUUACCUACUAAAAAUAGUUCAAGUUUUUUCUGCUUAGGAAACUCCAUUAAAAUGAUAUACCCUAAUUUGCAGUGCUUUUCUCAUAAAGUUUUAGGUGUGAAAAAUUGUAAUUUCCUAGAUAUGUUUGGGAUGGGAUAUUUUGUUGGGUAGGUUUUCUUUUUUCUUUUUAACUUUUAAUAGGCUUCCAACAAGAAUACAGUUGUUUCAGAACAAAUUUUUUAACAUUAUACUUUUCCCUUUCUCUUCACAGUGUUUAGAGAGUAAAAUGAAAAACUGUGCACUCUGUGAUUUUAACUUCUCUAAUAUACUCGAGAUUUUUAUUUUAAUUUAAAUUACCAUCACAUGGCCCUUUCAGUAGUAAAACCAGCAUUUGUUCCCUCACCAAACCCCAUGCCAAAUUCAUCAUAAAGAAAGCUCAGCAUCCAUAAUUCCAAUAGUGCUUAUCAAUUUAGAGGGGGCAUUUAGUAAAUAUUCCAACUGGUCGUUUUAUGCACAAGGCUUCAGUCAGAACAUAGAAAAAAAAACAUUCUGUGAAUGAAAUAUUGUAUGUUCAGAUUUUAUAAAAGACAUUUUUAAAAGCCCAAUUUACAGCCGUAUAUUUUCUUAUGAUGUAAUUUAUGAAAAAGAUGUCUGUACUAACAGGUGCUGUAACACUACUGUUGUUGGAUUUUAUUGUUUGGUGAUAAAUGUAUACAAUAUUUCUAAGGGAAACUAUGUACUGUGAUGUAAAAGUCUGGGCAAAAUGUAUAUAAUCCUUGUAUAUAGUUGUGUAUUUGAUUAUAAUUACUGAUUGUAAAGAUUUAAUAAAAUAUGUAAAUAUC